AUGAGUUCAAACGCGGAAAUCAGCUCUCAGAGCCCUACCUCCCUCCAAGACUUCAACGACCGCAAGUCGGAAAAGACGAAUGUCGACGUUGAGAGCGGAGAAGUUUCUGAGUCGGAAAGAUUCCAAAACCAGUCUCUUGCCGGACCCGACCCUGACGCCUUCCCCGAUGGCGGCUUUCACGCGUGGCUGUGCAUUGCUGGCGGGUUUUGUACCGUCUUUUCUAGUUUCGGCUGGGUCAACUGCAUUGGUGUUUUCCAGGACUACUACCAGGCGAACCAGCUUGCGUCUUAUACGCCUAGCGAAGUGGCCUGGAUACCGGCAAUGGAAUCGUUCGUGCUGUUCUUCUUCGGCUUGUUUUCUGGCAAGGCGGCUGAUAACUAUGGUCCACGAUGGCCACUGCUUUUCGGAACCAUACUGCAUGUUUUCGGAUUGAUGAUGGUCUCGCUAUCCAAGGAGUACUACCAAAUCUUCCUAGCACAAUCUGUCGCUAGCGCUAUUGGAACUAGCUUCCUGUUCUAUCCGACUGUGGCUGCGGCAGGGAGCUGGUUCAAGAAACACCGCGCGCUCGCAUACGGCAUCAUGGUCUCCGGAUCCAGCAUCGGCGGCGUCGUGCUUCCGAUCAUGGUGCAGCACCUGAUCGUGGACGUCGGCUUUGGCUGGGCCAUGCGCAUCACCGCCUUCCUCCUCCUCGGGCUCCUAGUCUUCGGCAACAUCGCCGUCAAGUCUCGCCUGCCCCCCGCCCCGAAGCCUUUCACGGUGAAGCAGUACUUCGUCCCGUUCACCGAGCUGCCGUUCCUGCUUCUGGCCAUCGGCUCGUUCUUCAUCUACUUCGGCGCCUUCCUCCCCUUCAACUUCAUCAUCGUCCAGGCGAAGGCGGCGGGCAUGCCGGAUGACCUGACCAACUACCUCGUCCCAAUCAUCAACGCCGCGAGUGUCUUUGGACGAAUCUUCCCCGCCCAUCUGGGGGAUGUGUACGGCGUCUUCAACGUCUGCAUCAUCUUUACCCUUUUCUCAGGGAUCAUAAGUCUGGCCCUGUGGGUCCCAGCCGCGUCGACUGCCCCGAUCAUCGUCUUCGCAGUGCUCUAUGGCUUCGCUUCCGGCCUGACCCUUGCCAUUAUUCCUGCCUUGGUAGCCUCGAUAUCCGACGUGCGCACGCUGGGCUUCCGCGUCGGCACGCUGUACGCGUUCUCCUCCUUCGGCACGCUGUUCGGCAGCCCCAUUGCGGGCGCGAUCGUGACUGCGCAGGACGGCGGGUACUCCGGUCUCAGGGUCUUUUGCGGUGUGUCGCUGCUCGCGGGAGGCGUUUUUAUCAUUCUCUCACGGGUCAAGCUGGUGGGUCCCGGACUGCUGGUCAAGAAAUAA